AUGGUUUCACUAUUCGGCUGGGGCUCAAGCCCAAGCCCAACCCCGGAGUCGAGUCAGCCAACACCUCCCCAAAACAAUCGAACACCCGAUGAAUCCGCAACCCCAGAACCAACACAAACGCAAUUAGCGCAACCACCCUCGCCGCAAACAAACACAAACCUCAAACUCCUCUUCGGAGGAAUGACCUUCUUCGCGCUGUCGCCGCACUCCAACUCCGCAGGCGAUGCAUUCGAGGCUCUGAAUCUGGCGACUCUCAAUGUGAUCUCGUUUGGACUGAUGGCUGGCGGUGCGGUAGGGUAUGCAUUGAAUAUUAAUGGGCUUGAGGAUAUGCGGAGAUUCGUGCGCAAUGGGUUGAAGGGUGGUAGUGAUACGCCUGUGAAGAGUGAUGAGGAGCUUGAGACGGAGGUCACGGAGUGGGUUACUAAGAUCCUAGGUGAUAAGUUUGAGAAGCAGUUGGAGAAGGAGAAGAUGAAGAAGGCGUUCCGGGACGAAAAGGUCGAUCAGGAUACUAAAGAGAGUAACUGA